UAAACUGUUAAAAAUCUCUGACAAAUUGGGAAACGAAAGUUGACAAAUAAAGAAAAGAAUUUCCCUCUCACAAUUUAUACUACUAAUUUACACAAACUUUUUCACAAAAUACAUCAAAACUUUAGAAGAAAAUGUUCGGGAAAGUCAAGUUGUCGUCUUCUAAACGUAGAAGAAGCAACAUGACAAAGUUCCAACAAGACGAAGAAGUUCCAUUCAUUGUUCAAUCUUUAGGCCCAGCCAUAUCAAUUUGCACACUUAUCGUCAGCAUAGGACCAUAUAUAACCCUUUACUAUUUCCAUAUCACUGUUAUGACAUUUACCUUCUUUUUAAUAUUUACUCAGCUUUUCUCAUCCUUUGGGAAAAAAGAUGAUGAGGUAGAAAGAAUAAUCAGCGAAGCUAUGUCGGUUAGACGUUCAAUUCACGAACAAACGUUAAAAAGAAAGAGUAUAUUUGAUGCUGGAGUGGAUAAGGAUCGAAAACAACUAGCUAAAGUAGCGAGAGAAACACGAAUCGUUCAUUAAACUAACAGCAAAUUUAAAGAAAAAUUAUAACCGUCGAAGACAGAAUCAACUGCCAACAAAAUAAAUAUUUCUUGCUUACUUACACUUUUUUUUUUGUUGUUAAAAUAAACAAUGCAGAUUUGUCCUAAUAAAAUUUUAGAGCAUUUGCAAAAUUCAAAUAAAAUUUUUUUAAAGAAAUAA